GAGCUGACGCAAGCACCAACGCAAGCACCAAUGCAAGUGCCGACGUGAUCCCCGAUGCCACACCGGAAGACAACGCGGCAGGGAAGGAGGAAGCCCAGGCGGAAGCCACGCCCACCGAAACCCCAGCGGCCGAACCAACUGCUAAGCCCAAGCCGAACGCUACGACUUUCUAA